GGUCCAAAGGCACUAUCAGCGGUAUAUAAGCUGGUAAGAAUUCCACCUUGCAUUCGACUGACAAUCCCUCACCUCAUUCCACUCUACCCGACGAAGUUCCUGAUAUCCCAACCAUGGACGUCCAUGAGAAGACAACUUACAAGGGCCCCUCGGCAGUCUUUGACAAAGAGACCGCGAGCGACGAUGUCGGUGCUGGACAGGUCCUUAGCUACUCUGGCGAGCCGCCCAGCACGCAUCGCGGCCAGCUCCACCGAAACUUCAAGGCCAGACAUAUUCAGAUGAUCACGCUCGGUGGUUGUAUCGGCUCCGGAUUGUUCAUCAGUACUGGCAAAGCGCUUCACAAUGGCGGCGCGGCAGCUAUGUUGAUCGGCUAUACCUUGAUCUGUAUCAUGGCUCUGGCGACCAUGAACCUUUUAUCGGAAGCCACCUGCAUCUGGCCCACCUCUGGUGGUUUCAUUGAGCACGCCAACCGAUUUGUCGAUCCUGCAAUGGCCUUUGCAUGCGGCUUCACCGAGUGGCUUGCCUGGGUCACUGUCGUUGCAGCCGAGGGAGCAAUUGUUCGAGUCAUCCUCACGUACUGGACUGAAGCUAUUCCGACCGCCGCCGCAAUGACAGUUUACCUUGUCAUCGUGUUGGGUAUCCACGCCCUGCCCAACAAGUGGUUUGCCGAGUUCGAAUUCGGGACCGCCGCAUUGAAAGUCAUGUGCAUGAUCAUCAUCCUUAUCACCUGUAUCGCGUUGCUCGCGGGCGCUGGCAAGGCUUCUCCUGAUCCCCAAGGCUACAACUAUACCACAGGUCCUACCUUUCCCAACGGCAUGAAGGGAGUGUGCACCACAUUUUUGUUGGCUUCGUGGGCAACUGGAGGCCAAGAGAUCAUGUCCCUGUCUGCCGCGGAAGCCGCCCGACCUCGAUGGGACAUGCCUCGAGCAUGCAAGAAUCUGUUCAUGCGAAUCGUUCUCUUCUACGAGCUCUCCAUCAUCUUCCUGACGCUCCUCGUGCCAUACAACUCGGACAAGCUUCUCGGGACCAGCACCGUCGCGAGCUCCCCAUUCGUCAUUGCCAUGGUCAAUGCAGGCAUCAAGGGUCUCCCGGAUCUGAUGAACGCCAUUAUCCUUCUCGGUCUUUGCGCCAUCGGUGCAGAGUCCAUGUACGUCUCGUCCCGCGCUAUGGUCGCCAUGGCCCAGAUGGGCAUGUUCCCUCGGUUCCUCGCCAACAUUGACAAGCAAGGCCGUCCGCGCUGGGCUUUGCUCAUCACCGCUGCCUUCUCGGUCAUGUUCACUUACAUCAAUUGCUCCAGCACUGGUGGCGUCAUCUUCACCUGGUUCAGUUCCGUCUCAGCCACCGUGUACUUCAUGUCCUGGAUGAGCAUCAGUAUCACCAACAUCCGAAUGCACCAGGCUAUCAACGCUCAAGGCGACCCAGUCUGGGUCCAGCCAUACGCAUGGAAACUCAAGGGCUGGCCCAUCACCGCGAUCUUCCUGUUCGUCACAUCGUUCCUCGUCCUCUUUGGCACGGCCUAUGUCUCGCUGUUCCCAAUUGGAGGUGCGGCGCCUAAUGCUUCGACGUUCUUCGAGACAUUCCUUGGUGUACCUCUUUGGAUUGCCUGCUACUUGGGAUACAAGCUCGUAUACAGGACCAAGUUUGUCAAGCCUGCGGAGGCGGAUCUUCAGUAUGGCCGCCGACCAUUGAAUGAGGAGGAUAUUGCGUUCUUCGACCACUACUUCGCGCAGCCCAUGUGGAAGAGAGUCUUGUCGUAUGUCAGAUUCUGAGCGAUG